AUGAUGGCGGCAUUUGAGAAAGAGCUAAAGAAGUUGCAAGGAAAAAAUGUAGUUGAUAUCAGUGAAGAAGGUGAUAACUCCAACAUCAAUGAAGAUGACGAAGUCUCAAGUAACCCGACUUGGAUAGUGAAGAUGAAAGCGACAUCCGAAGAUGAGCUACCAACACAAUGUGUUGUUAAGAAUGAUAAGAAGGCUAGAAAAAACCUUGUACAACUACGUCGUACACCAAUAAAAAAAAUCGACAUACAAGUACCAACACUCCUUGAUACAGCUUCAGGGGAAACAUGGCCAGAUCCCAUUCAGCGUAAGAUAUUCAAAGGAGUUGAUGCAAGUUUAGAUGAAAUUGCAGAAGCGGCUAAGAAGCGCCUAACGAAGUUAGCUCCGAGUCAACAAUUUCCAUUCGUAGGAAAUUCAACAGUGAAGCGCAUCAUCACAGGAGUAACUCCAUCUGUCGCAAUAUAUGAUCCAUUUGCUGUUGAGGACGACAAAAAACUCCAAAACUUACUACAUUUCCAACUAGAUUCAGAGGAAAAACCAGAUAAAACAAACACUCAUAGUGUUGAAUUCUACAACGUCAUUACAACACCUCGACGUGAAUGGCCGACUACUACAUAUGGGUGGUUGACAUCUGGGCAUAUGUGGAGUGCGAUGCAAAUGUUUUAUCAGCGAUCUCAACGUGUUCCAACUCCCUACCGCUCUCAGCGAAUUGUGUUUUUGGAUCAAUAUUUAGUCAAUAAGUUUGUAACAGAUUACGGAAGCUUCACAGCUAAAAAGUGGACUGUUCCAGAUUACUACAAAGCUGCCUUCCUUGGUAAAUAUCCUUCUACGGCGGCAACAAACAGGACCUGGCUUCACGAUGUGGAUAAUUUGUAUGCAUGCUAUCACCUAAGUGGUAAUCACUGGGUUGCUUUGGAUAUAGACUUGGGGAAGGAGACCAUUCACGUUUAUGACAGCAUUAUGGGAUUAACUGAGGAUGAUAAAGAGAUUAAAAAACAUUGUCGGCCAUUCGCAAAGUUGCUACCUGUGAUUUUGAGUGCAAUGGUCCCGUCUUAUGUUCGGAAGAAGAGUGAGAAACAGUUCGAUGUAAAAAGAUUGAAGCAUGUCCCACAAAACAAAAACCCUGGAGACUGUGGUGUUUACACUAUAAAGUACAUUGAAUGUCUUGCACUUGGUUGGAAUUUCGAUGCUUUACAUGAUGGAAACAUUCCACAACUGAGAAGGAAGUUAGCGGCAGAUGUUUUCGACGAGGUGGGACUGCCGCAAAGGUCCUAG